AUGUGCUGCAGGACUUUCUCCACUUCUCCCGCUGCGCGAGUUUCCGCUGUCAAUUCAUUGCACACCUUCACCGAUGAGGAGCAAAUGCUGAGAGAGUCUGUCCAACGACUUGCUCAGGAUAUCAUAGCUCCCAAAGUCCGUGAGAUGGAUGAACAGGAACUCAUGGACCCUGCGAUUGUCAAAGCCCUGUUUGAGCAAGGGCUCAUGGCCAUCGAGACGAGCGCAGACCAUGGUGGUGCAGAGUCGUCUUUCACUUCUGCGAUCAUCGCCAUUGAGGAACUGGCCAAAGUUGACCCAUCUGUUUCGGUUAUGUGCGACGUCCACAAUACGCUCGUAAACACCAUCUUCCGGUCGUAUGGUACUAAAGAACAACAGGAUAAGUGGCUGCCUCUACUAGCAGAAUCAAAGCUUGGUAGCUUCUGCCUUUCAGAGCCUGCAUCUGGCUCCGACGCUUUCGCACUGCAGACGCGGGCGCGCAAAGAAGGAGAUCACUGGAUCAUCAAUGGUUCAAAGAUGUGGAUAACCAACUCAUACGAAGCUGAAAUCUUCCUUAUAUUUGCAAAUAUUGAUCCGACUAAAGGUUACAAGGGCAUAACCUGUUUUGUCGCGACGAAGGAUAUGGGGAUUCAAAUCGCGAAGAAGGAGCAGAAGCUCGGCAUCCGCGCCAGCUCAACAUGCACACUCAAUUUUGACGAUCUCAAGGUUCCAGCUGAGAACAUUAUUGGUGGCGAAGGCAAAGGAUACAAGAUUGCGAUCGAGAUUCUGAAUGAAGGCCGCAUCGGUAUCGCUGCACAAAUGCUCGGUCUCGCCCAAGGCGCUUUUGAUAAGGCGGUUCCCUACACUUAUGAGCGCAAGCAAUUCGGUCAACCAAUAGGUACUUUCCAGGGUAUGCAGUUCCAGAUCGCACAAGCUGCAAUCGAAAUCGAAACUGCACGCCUGCUCACGUACAAUGCUGCACGGAGAAAAGAGGAGGGUAAGAGUUUCACGAAAGAAGCGGCCAUGGCAAAGUACUGGGCAAGUGUGGUCGCCCAGCGCGUAUCGGGGCAGGCAAUUGAAUGGGCUGGAGGGGUUGGUUUCACUCGCGAAACAGGGAUUGAGAAAUAUUGGAGAGACUCCAAGAUUGGAGCUAUCUACGAAGGAACAUCUAACAUCCAGCUACAGACUAUCGCCAAAUUCAUUCAAAAGGAAUAUUCAUGA